AAUUACUGGUUAGAGCCGGAGUUUUUUAACUAACCGCCACCACUCAACAAGUACAAUGUCUAGUACAUCACAAAAGCAUCGAAACUUCGUGGCUGAGCCCAUGGGGGAGAAACCAGUUACAGAUCUAGCCGGCGUGGGGGAAGUCUUAGGGCGGAGGCUUGAAACAGCAGGAUUUGACAAGGUAAAGGCCUCUGUUGUACUCGGCCAGUUUUUGGUUCUGAAGAAAGAUAAAGAGCUGUUUCAAGAGUGGAUGAAAGAGACCUGCAGCGCUAACUCAAAGCAAUCCGCAGAUUGUUACCAGUGCUUACAAGAGUGGUGUGAUGAAUUUUUGUAAAUUGACCUUGACUUGGGAUGUCGGACUAAUAUUUUCUUACCUGUAAAUAAUUGGAAAGUAAGCAGUUAUGACUAAUAUAUGCAUUAUUGCAUGUGUUUGUUAAUAUAUAGUUUUUUAAUGGAAGUG